AUGUCAGCUCCCAACAAGAAGACCGCGCCUCCAAAUAAUGGCACAAAUACGAGGCCACCAGCCAACCCUACUUCUCGAUCCUCACCAUCCAGGUCUUCUACAAGCAUCAAUGGUCUGGGCAGAUCACCUUCUCUCCGCGGUGGAUUAUCAAGGCCUGGGCGAGGCGGUACCGCUCGAUCUUCUCCCCAAACGAGCUUCUUAAGCAUGAAUACUACGGCCUCUGACGAGGCGAGCGAGGAUGAUGCAAGGGCGGAGCAUGUCUCACUGAUGGACGAGCUCAGGAGUCGGGUACAGAAGGCCGAGACAGCAUCGGAAGAGUAUCAACGUCAAUUGAAUCUACUGCAGGCGCGCUUGCACGAAAGUCAGCAAGAGCAGGGCCAGCUUGAAGACCGGUUGCACCAGAGUAACAAGAACAUCGAGGAGCUUGAAAGUGAUCGGGCCCACUCUGCUCGCCAGAAACGGGAAAUGCAAGACCUGUAUGAGACAGAACGGACAUCCAUGUUGAAGGAUAAAGCCGAGCAGAAGACGAGAGAAGGCGAUUUGAUAUACGCCAAUCAGCGGCUGAAAGAGGGUUUGGCACAACGGGAAACCCGAAACAAUGGUGAAGAUACCAGAAUUGGAUCACCCAGGAAUCGUGAAAGUGACCAGUUCGCUCCACCCGCUGCAGCUUCAUGCAGAGAUUCCAAGGACCUUUCCAAGCAAGAUACUUCAAAGCAGGUAAUGCAGAAGGACCAGGUCAUCAAGUCACUGCGUCUGGAACUAGCUGAGGCUCAGAUCAAGAUCAUGGAAUUGGACACUGGUGGAGGAGGGGGGCGAAUUCACGAGUUGGAAAAGCAACUCCUAGAAACUCGUAUCGCAAAUGCCCGUCUCAUGGAGGACAAUGAAAGCUUCCAGCUGCUUCUGAGCGAGAAGACUUUGAACGGGGACUUCAGCAAAACCGAAGCAAUGCAACAAUCUUCCGGACUGGGCUCUCUAGCUGAAGAAUUGGGUUCUGAAGAGAUGGAGUCCACCGAUGAAAAGUCGGACGACUACCGACGACUAGAGACAGAAGCGAAAUCACUCAAAGACCAGAAUAAGGCUUUGGCGAAAUACAUUGAAACUAUCAUUGGCCGUCUUCUGUCACACAAGGAGUUCGAGUACAUCCUUGACAAAACACCCGAUCUCAUGUCUGGUGCACCGCGACCCCAGACUGCAAACACCGACAAGGAGCUACCGCCACCUCCGCGUGCCAAAGAUGACGAACCCAUUCCCGGUUUCCUGCAGAGAGCGACAUCAGUCAUCGCCGGAUCAGCUAAGCGCCCUCGCCCCAUUAGCCAGAUAGGCACUUCUCCUGCGGCACCACCAAGUGAAGAUCCUACCAAGGCACCUACUAUACAGCUCGAUCGGUCCCAACCCAACCGCUUGAGCACGCAGAUGCGUUCUCAGUCUGAAAUGCCCAACGCUGCUCCUCUAGUCAAUCAAAUGUAUCGUGGUCCAUCCUCCACAGGCUCGGGUGGGCCUAUGCUCAGCCCCGGCAUUUCGCCCGGCGUGACGACUGCAACUCGGACAUCAUUUUUCUCUCCUCCACUGGCUGCUAGUUCGAAUGCCACAUCUCGAGCACCAUCUGGCAGCGCAAGCCGAGCUUCUCGCGAAAAUAAUAACGCGGGAAGCAGCUCGAAUAGCACAUUUAGUGACCACAGCGGAGGCGUGGAUGGUAGUCCGCCCCGCGGCAACGGUAACAAUGGGACCAACAAUUACACUGGGGCUGUCAUGACGCAAAGUCGCUUGAGGCCGUUGAGGUUGGUGCAGGAGAAUCCGAAGCAAGAAGAGGAUGCGGCUGCUGUAGCGGCAAGAAAGAAGGCCAAUAGGGGAAGUUGGAUGCCGACCUGGAUGAAUACGCAGAAAAUAGGGAUGUCGAGUGAGAACAACCCUUGA